AUGUUCACGUUCUGCCCCCUGCAGGGGGCGCGGUCUGAGUCGACAGCCUCGCAGUCGCUGCUGGAGCUCGAUGGCGGCGUCAAGGUGCUCGUCGACGUCGGCUGGGACGAGUCGUUUGACGCCGAGAAGCUGCGCGAGCUCGAGAAGCAGGUGCCGACCAUUUCGCUGGUGCUGCUGACCCAUGCCACCGUGUCGCACAUCGCCGCCUUCGCCUACUGCUGCAAGAACUUCCCCCUGUUUGCGCGCAUCCCUAUUUUUGCCACGAGACCCGUCAUCGACCUCGGCCGCACCCUGCUGCAAGACCUGUACGCAUCGACGCCGCUCGCCGCGGCCAUCAUCCCCCGCACGUCUCUGACCGAAGUCGCCUACUCCUACGAGCAGUCCACCGCCGCCGAGCACAGCCGGUUCUUGCUGCCGGCGCCGACGCCCGACGAGAUCACGCGCUACUUUUCCCUCAUCCGCGAGCUCAAGUACUCGCAGCCACACCAGCCGCAGGCCCCGCCCAACCUGCCGCCGCUCAACGGCCUGACCAUUACCGCAUACAAUGCCGGCCGCACGUUGGGCGGCACCCUGUGGCACAUCCAGCUCGGCCUCGAGUCGAUCGUCUACGGCGUGGACUGGGGCCAGUACAAGGAGAACGUGUUUGCGGGCGCUGCGUGGAUCGGUGGUGCCCAUGGCGGCGGGUCGGAGGUCAUGGAACAGCUGCGUAAGCCGACAGCGCUCGUGUCCAGCAGCCGCACGCCGCAGGUGGACCGCCCGGGGCUGCGGGACGAGCAUCUGCUCGAGACCAUUCGCACCUGCGUCGUGCGCGGCGGCACCGUGCUGAUCCCUGUGGACUCGACGGCGCGGAUUCUCGAGCUCGCCUACUUCUUGGAGCACGCCUGGCGCCACGCGGCGGCGGCGGGCGGCGCGUCCGGCGACGAGAACCUGUCGCGGUCCAAACUGUACCUGGCCGGACGCACGUCCGGCAGCCUGGUGCGGCACGCGCGGACGCUCCUUGAAUGGAUGAACGACAGCAUCGUGCAGGAAUUCGAAGCCGUGGCCGACGGCGCCAAGCAGGCGAAUGGCCGCGGCGGCAGUGGUGUUGGUGACGACGGCAAGACCAAAGAGGCUGGUCCGUUUGAUUUUCGACACAUGCGGCUUCUCGAGCGACGAUCGCAAGUGGACCGCGUUCUCAGCCAGCCUCCAGCAUCCGGCGGCGGCAAGGUCAUUCUCGCCAGCGACGCCUCGCUUGAAUGGGGCUUUUCCAAGGAGAUUUUACGGAGAAUCGCCGACGACCCACAAAACCUGGUUGUCCUGACAGACGUGCCAGGCCGCCUGGCCGACGACCGGCCGCCCUCUGUGGCGCGCACGCUCUGGGAGUGGUGGCGCGAUGGCAGCAACCCCAACGCCGAGGACGCUGGCGACCGACUCGUCCACGGCGCUGGCCGCCCGCUCGAGUUCCGCGACACUCGCAAGGUGGCUCUUGAAGGUGCCGAGCUCGCGCUCUACCAGCAGUGGCUCGCCACGCAGCGCCAGCUGCAGGCCACGCAGCUCUCCACAACCGGCAGCGGUGGCCUCGGCGCCAGUCUACUCGGUGAAGGCGGCACGGGCCAUUUAGGGGGUGGCAUGGCGGCCUUGCUCGAGGACGGCGCCGACGACGUCUCGUCGGAAUCGUCGUCGGACUCGGACGACGAGUCGGACGGCGACCGCCAGGGCAAGGUGCUCAACGUGUCGACGACGAUUGGCCAGGCCAGCCGCAAAAAGGUGGUGUUGCGUGACGAGGACCUGGGCGUGACCAUUCUCAUUAAACGCAAGGGCCACUACGACUUUGAUGUGCGCGGCAAGAAGGGCCGCGAGCGCAUCUUCCCCGUGCCGGUGCGCCGCAAACGCAACGACGACUUUGGCGAGCUGAUUCGGCCGGACGAGUACCUGCGUGAGGAGGAGCGCGAAGAAGAGGCGGCCCACGAGGCCACCAGCGGCAGGAACAGCGACGGAGCGACACUGCUCCCCGAGAUGCUCGGCCGGAAGCGGAAGUGGGACGACGUCGGUGUCUCCACAGGACGUGGCCAGGGCGACAACAAGCGACCGAAUCUGGACAACAGCAACCGCAACGGACACCACCGGGGCGAUUCUACCGAUGGGAAACGCCGCGGCCGUGGUGGCAACGGCAGUGACGACGAGGGGGGCGGCGCCGAUCAGGACGGCGGCCUCUACGACAGCGAUGUGGACGGCGACGACGGCGACGACGCGGCCGAAGCGGCCACGACGGCCAGCGUGCUGGGCCCGGCCAAGCUCAUCUCCACCACGGAAACGGUUCCUGCGCGGCUGCGCAUCGCCUACGUCGACUACUCGGGCCUGCACACGGCACGCAACCUCGAGAUUCUGCUGCCGCUCGUCGAGCCGCGCAAGCUGAUCCUGGUGGGCGGCAGCGAGGCCGAGACGGCUGCGGUCGCCGCGCACUACCGCAGCGUUGUCAGCACGAACCGCGGCGUCGCCGAGACGGACGUCGACGUGCUGCUGCCGCGCGUCGGCGGUCCGGCCGUCGAUGCCAGCGUGGACACGCACGCGUGGGUCGUCAAGCUGGCCGACGCACUGGUCAAGAAGCUCAAGUGGCAGAAUCUACGGGGCCUGGGCAUCGUGACAAUGACGGGCCAGCUGCGACCUGGGCUGGCGGCGCUGCCGCCUGCUGCCAAUGCACCGGCCGCAAGCGAGGAGAGCACGGCCGACGCGGACAACCAGGAAGCCGACGACGCGAGCAGCGCCGGCGCCAACAAGCGGCAAAAGACCGAUGCCAGCGGAAGUGCCCACGCGGUGGCAGCGCCCUCAUCUGCACCCUCGUCCGCCGCGCCGGGAGAUGCUCCCAACGCGCAGCUGCCGACGCUGGACGUGCUGCCGAGCAAUGUUGCUCUGGCGGCAGCACGCGCCGGCACACAGCCCUUGCAUGUGGGCGAGCUGCGGCUGGCAGAUCUGCGGCGCACGAUGCAGGCGUCCGGCCAUACAGCCGAGUUCCGUGGCGAGGGCACGCUCGUGAUUGACGGGUCCGUGGCUGUGAAGAAGACGACGACGGGCCGCGUCGAAGUCGAGAGCAUUGGCCUGCCGUCUGACGGCGGCCCGGCGACCAAGGUGGGCGGGACGUUCUACGCGGUGAAGCGGAUGAUCUACGACGGGCUGGCCGUAGUGGCGGGCGGGUAA